AUUUUGUGCCGCCGGAGGAGGACGCGCCAAAGAAGCGCAAGAGCUCAGACGAACCGGAGAAGAAGAAGAAGAAGAAGAAGCACAGGAAGGAGGAGUAGAUAAUCUAUCCAACUUAAUACAAGUCUCGACAAUGGAAGACCAUAAGAACAGGGUCGUGCGGCUCAGCUGCCCGGCCACCCCAUUCAAACACCUUCAGCCCCAGAUUUCGUAGUUCUCUCUCUUCUCUGUAUUCUAUGUACUUCACCCCAUGUCCUCGUCCACUCCGGUGUCUGUGCAUCGACUGAAAGGCCUCGUGCCUCCGCGGCUGAUAGGCGCAGCCCUCGCAGUGCACGAGAACCGGCUGUUUGUGCACGGCGGGAAAUACGCCUCGUCAAAGACCGACGCAAUCUCAUCCGCGCUCUACGUGCUCGAUCUCGAAAGCCACGUCUGGUCGCGCCUGUACCCGCCCACGCGCUCGUCGACGAGCACAGCAGUCUCCUUAUCAUCUUCUUCCCAGCCGGUGACGAUGCACUCGUUCUUCCAUCCCACCGCGGACGCGCCGAGUCCGCGGUUUUUCCACUCGUUGACGUACCACAAAAACCGGCUGUAUACGUACGGCGGGAUGAAGUUCCGGAACGCGACGGCCGCGGAUCUUUGGUACUUUGAUCUUGAGCUGUCGAGCUGGGUUGAAUUGCCUGCAAGCAGCGGCGAUGAUUCGGCAGGGCGGUGGGCGCACUGUGCUGGCGUGUGCGGGAGCACGCUCGUGGUUUUGGGAGGACAGGACGCGGACGCGAAUUAUAUGGGCGACAUCCUCCUCUUUGAUCUUGCGCGCAACGUGUGGGAAACACAGCUACGGAGUCUGCCGAGCGGAGACAGAUACAGCGUAGGAUUUGGCGUCUACCGGUCGACGCUGAUAGCCUCUUGCGUGGGGGAUUCGUCUGCCGCGGGCAAGGCUCGGCCAAACCUGGUUUUGUUUUCAAACUACAACACCGAGAGCAGCUCGAUGUCGCUCGAUGUGAUUUCGCCGCCGGCGGUGUCGUUUUCACAUGUGCCGGUGAGCUUAGCAGACACAGCGGCCCCGCCGUUUCUGCGGUUUCCUACAGGAGGCGUGCUGGGGGAUUAUAUUAUUAUGGGCGGAGUGUAUCUGUCGACGGCGGCGCAGAAUUACGCGGUGCACGCAUACAACACGCGGACGAAACGAUGGACACAGGUGCAGUACCAGCAGCAUGUGCGGUCGGCAAGGUCAUCGUGGAACACGUCGUUUUUCAGCGAAGCGCAGUCAAAGUACGUCCUUCUCGGCGCGGACGAGAGCGCGACGAUGAUGCUGGACGACUACCACGAGCGGAUCAUCAACUUUUCGCACAUGCUCGAGAUUGAUCUCGCGAGCUUUGGGAUUUUUGCCGGCCGGCAGAGCGCGGCGAUGUCGUUCUCGAAAGCAGGGCAGGCGCUCGGACAGGUUGCGCUGAAGGAUGGUGGGUUUGCGGAUAUGGAGAUUGUGUGCUUUGCGCCGGAGGCAGAUGGUCGUACGCCGUUUUCGGACGAGAAAGGUGUGAUGCCAAGUACGAGGCGGAUUUCGGUCAACAGCCGAAUCCUGCGAGAGCGAUGGGGGAGCUAUUACAGCGUGCUGGAAACGGCGGGUGAGGUGGAUGACUCAUCUGUGGUAGAGAGUAUGCCGGGGACGCGACGGGGCACGACGACGACGGUGGAGUCGUUUGUGUCGACGGUUUUGGAAAAACGGAUGUAUGCGCCGUUUGAAGAGACGGAGAGGCGGGUGCUGUUUAUGCCCGAGCGGUACGAGGUGGUGCGGGAGCUGGUGGGGUGGUUCUACACGGGGACGAUAGCGGAGGAGAGCGAUGUGAGGACGCUGAGCGGGCUGCUGGUGCUGUCGAGGAGGUGCCAGAUUGGGCUGCUUAGAGCGCGGGUGGUGGAGAGGCUCGAGGAGAUGGUUGACGAGGCGCUAGCGCAGAGGGCGAGCACGGAAGGGGUGAGCCGCGAGGGGGAGGUGUUGCGGAGGAUCUACUACGCGGCUGCGGGCGCGGGCGAGGUCGGGCUGCUGAAGCGGGUCGGGGGAGUAGCGUGAAUGUUCAUCACAAACAUGCGCGAGAGUUGGCGUGUCCUCAGCCUGACGUUGUCACUGUCUCUGCUCUGCUGAGCUCUGUCUGCCUUUGUCAAUGUCUCGUCGACCACGAACGGGGCCUCAACGGGACCAAACGGGACCUGCCGGGGAGAACAGGGCCGGGUAAACGCUACGCGGCACUAAAAGAAGGUUUUUGAUAGUACUGCGCCAGAAAGUGGCCCUAACCCGCAGCCAGGCCCAGAGCGCGGGAGAGGAGAGGAGAGGAGAGAGGGGAGUUGGUGCAUGAAGACGGUGCAUUGGAGGGUGCAUGAAGACGGUGCAUGGAGAUGGCGAAGAUGCGUUGGAGAUCAGAAGCAUCUGCACGCUGAUCUCCUGAAGUAGAUCGUUGACAGAAGCUGGAUUCCCUCCUUCUCUUCUCUUCUCUUCUUCUC